AUGUCGGUCGCGCUCGAAGGGCCACUCGUGUCUAUUCUACAGGAUACUACUAACACGGCAGAUGUCACCGAAGAACAUACUAUUCACAAUGGAGAUGCCCACCUGGCAGGAAAAGAGCUCUUUGUGCACGAGAGUGGCGUUGAACACGCCCCCAACGGUGUAGCAGCCGCCGAGGAAAAAGCAGAGGAGCAUGAAAGCCUGGCGUCCCGAUUCGCAGAGCAGAUCGAAGCCAUGGUCGAAGAAGUAAAGGAGCUGAUCUCUGGUGAGGACCACGAGACGUCAGCUGAGCCCGAGGAGAGCGGCCCCGACGCUGAGGCAAGCCAGUCUGUCGAGGAGGCCGCUGAGGUGCUGGCAGACGAGUCCGCAGAUGCUGCGGUCGUUGAUGAGGCUAUUGCCGCCGAUGAGCACACGACUACAACUGAGGAACAUGCUGAGCCUGUACUAGAACUUGAGGCUACAUCAGAGGACGCUGUAUCAGUGCACGUAGAAACUGAGACCUCCGAGGAGGCGCUCGCCGAGUCUGCAGACGUGCCGGCAGCUGACGCUGAGGAGCUCGUCGUCGCUGAAGAGGCCGCCAUCGCUGAAGAGGCCGCCAUCGCUGAAGAGGCCGCCAUCGCUGAAGAGGCCGCCAUCGCUGAAGAGGCCGCCAUUGCUGAAGAGGCCGCCGAGUCCGAACCCGCCGAGGUCGCUACAGAGGCCGAAUCGUUCGCUAUUGAUGAGGAACCAUCAAUCGAGGAGGCUGUUCUAGCUGCCGCCGCCGAAGAGUCUGUCCCCCUGGAACCCACUGCUGCGGAAGAGCCUGCCGAGAUCGUGCUCGCUCCGGAGGAAGAGCUGGCUAUCACUGAAGAAACAGCGCCGGAGGCGUUUGCCGCGGAAGUUGAGCCCUCGCCGGAGUCCGCAGCAGAGGAAGUCAGGGAGGUCGUCACAGAGUUUGUGGAGAGUAUCCUUGAGGCCGUGGAAGAGGCGACGCCUGCUCCGGAAGAGGCUGCGCUGGCAGAGGAGCCCGAGAUCGUCGAGGAGAUCGCUGUGCUCGCAGAAGAGCCUACACCUGUCGAAGAGGUAGUGCUUGCAGGGGAGGCAGAGUUCGCAGAGGAACCCACGCCCGCAGAGGAAUCUACAAUUGCAGAGGAAUCCACACUCGCGGAGGAAUCUGUGCUCAUAGAGAAAUCCGCGCCCGCAGAGGCUGAAGCUGCGCCAGCCGAUGAAUCCGCGCCAGUCGAGGAAGCGGUGCUGCUCGAGGAAGAUGCUGUCGAGCCUGUGUCAGUCGAGGAGCAGGUUGCUGAGACGAUUCUUACUGACCAGCUGGCAAUCGAGGCCGAGGAGGAUGUCGUCCCUGUGGAGGAAGCCGUAGUCGAGGUGGAGGAGACUACCGUCGAGGUGGAUGAACCUGCCGCCGAGGCCGAGGAAUCUGUCGUCGAAGUCGAGGAAUCUGUCGUCGAAGUCAAGGAACCUGUCAUCGAGGAAACCACCAUCGAGGCGGAGGCUAUUGUCGCUGCGGAGGAAGCCGUCGUACCUGCCGAGGACGAUACCGUUGCAGAGGAGACAGACGUAGCUGAGCCCCAACCCGUGGAAGAAGUCGACGAAGUCGUGACCGAGGCAGAGGUCGUGGUCGAAGAAGCGGCGCCUGUCGAAGAGGUUGUUACUCCAGAAGAGACUAUAGUGGUUGAAGAGGCUGCCGUUGUCGAAGAAGCUCCUCUUGUUGAAGAGGCCAUCCCCCUCGAAGAAGCUUCUCUUGCCGAAGAGGUUGCCGCCGUCGAAAAAACUGCCCUCCUCGAAGAAGUUGCCACUGUUGAGGAGGUUACCCCCAGCGAAGAGCAUGUCGCCGUCGACGAGCCCGCACCCGUUGACUCUGCACCAGUAGAAGAGGAGGUUGCAGAAGUCUUGCUAGUCGAGGAGGAUGCCUCCGCAGAAGACGUGCCGGUAGAAGAGGCUGCAGCCGAUGCAGCACCUACAGAUGAAAUCCUCAUCGCGGAGGAGCCCGCGCCAGCAGAGGAGAAUGUAGUCGAGGAGGUGGUGUCAGAAGUAACGGCGGCCGUCGAGACUGCUUUUGAAUUCGCUGCUGAAGCAAUUGCGGGUAUGACAGCCGAGGUCGAAGAAACCAUCGUGGAACAGGACCCUCCCACCGAGGAAGCUGCGGAGGAGCCUGCCCCAGUGGAAGAGCCUACCCCUGUGGAGGAGCCUGCCUCCGUGGCUGAACCUAACACUGUGGAAGAAUCUGUGUCUAUCGAGGUGACGGCACAUGCUGAAGAACCUGACCUUGUCGAAGAGGUUGCACCUGUCGAAGAGACCGAAUCUGUCGAAGAGACCGCACCUGUUGAAGAGGCCGAGCCUGUAGAGGAAGCCGCGCCGGUGCCAGAGGCUGUCGUGGAAGAGGCUGCAUCCUCGGAGGAAGUUACUGUUGCGGAGGAGUCCGCACCAGCAGAAGAGACCAAGGACGAUGGGAUUGUCUCAGAGGUGGUUGACGCGAUCGAGACGGUCGUGGAGGUUGUCGCUAUCGUGGAGGCUGUCUCGGAGAUCGCAGCCGCGGUUGAAGACGUCCUCACGGAGCAGGAAACUCCGGCCGAGGAAGCUCCUGUCGUAGAGGAGGCUUCAUCAAUCGAGGUCGCUGCUGUCGAAACAGCAUCUGCAGAGGAAACCGUCGUCGCUGUGGAAGCAGUGCAAUCUGAGGAGGCAGCUGUCACAGAAGAGGCCGCUGAAGUCGAGGAGGCAGUCGUCGCAGAAGAGGCCAUUGAGGUCGAGGGUCUCCCCGUCACGGAGGAGGCUGCCACAGUCGAGAUAACCACCGUUUCCCAAGAACCCGAUGCAGCGCAGGAGCAAACAGCGCCUGCUGUGGAGGCUGAUGAAGUAGAGGCUGUGGUUGAGAUUGCACCGCAAGAUGAAGUCGUUCUUGAGGAGGAAGCUGCCCCUGAGGCAAUCUUGGAACCCGAAACGGUCACAGAAGUUGUUGCGGAAGUAGUCGCCGAGGAACCUCCUUCGGAAGAGCCUACUGCUGUUGAGAGCGUCCCUGUUGAAGAAACAGUGGUCACUGAGGCAGUGCAGGAAGAAAUCCCUGUUGAAGAACCUGCAGCACAGGAUGUUACGGAAGACACCUUCGAAGUCCCGGCGGAUGAGGAGACCGUUGACGUUAUUGAGGCUACAAUUGCCGAGCCUACUAAAGUAUCUGUUCCCGAGCAAGAACCCUAUGCGGAGACAGCGACCACAAUCACCGAUGCAAUUCACGAGGCUGUAGCUGAAGUUGUGGAAGUUGUUGUGGAAGCAAUAGAAGCGAGUAACGAACCGGAAACAACAGCUAUCCCAGAGCCGGAAUCUGAGCCAGAAGUUGCUGAGGUAGCAGCUCCGGAGACAACAGACACAGCAGACGAAGUCACGGUCGAAGACCAAGCUCCUGAGGAAGGCCCUGUCGUGACCGAGACACAUGUUGAAGAGACAGCUGCUCCCGAUGAGAUUAUCGCUGAGCAGGAGGACCAAACCAACGUGGUUGCAACGCCCGGCGAUGAAGAGGCUCCCACAGAACAUGCAGAACAACACGUGGUUGAGCAUGAGGUAGAGGCGCCUACGUCGAACGUUGUUGAUGCAGAAGCUGAAGUCGCCGCCGAAAUCGUUGUUGCUGAAGUGGCAGAGGCAGCAACAGAAGGUUCGGCAGAGAUUGCGACAUCUAUCGAGCAGACGGAGGCCACUGAAGAAGGGAGUAUCACCGACGAUGCUCCUACUAUUGCUAUCACCGUUCCCGAGCCUCAGAGCGACGACGUUGAGAUCACCACUGAUGUUCCAAUCGUGACACUUGACGCCGCCGAACGACCCAAAUCGCCCUGGACUCCGUCAUACAGUGUUAUCAUGCAGGGUCCCGGUGUGGGGGCUCCUGAAGCGGAGGAUAGCGAGGAAAUCGCGGAGCUGGAACAGCUCCCGCCUUCAGCCGAUGAAACCGCUGUUGAGAGUGUCGUCAUUACCGUCGAGGUUCCAGAGAUCCACACGGAACCUGUCGCUGAAGAGCCUGCGACAACGCUAUCAGAAACCACCGCGGAGAACCCCGCGGUCGACACACCAAAAUCCUCUCCAUGGGUUCCAUCAUAUUCCGUCAGCUCUCAAGGUGCAAGCCCCCUGCACUCGCCGAAUGUGGCGGCUAUUGCCGAGGCUGAGCUUGAGCUUGUGGAGCCUCUUGAAGCUCAGGCAGCUGUCGAAGUCACAGAGACAAUCAACGAGCAGGCACCAGAGGUGGAGCAUAUUGAAGAAGUCGAGGUUACCACGACGGAUGUCGUCGAGGGAGUGCCAAGCAUUGAGAUUGUCGCAGAAGCUCCUUCGGAAGAGCCUACUGCCGAGCCAUCAGUGGUGGUCACCGCCGAAGCCGAUGCUACUGAGAUAGAGGAAGCAGUGCUCUCAGAAACAUCUAUCGUCUCUAAUGCAGACGAACGGCCGAGGUCUCCCUGGAUCCCUUCAUAUUCUGUCAACUCGCAAGGAUCAACUCCCCUUCAUACACCUCGCGUUACCGAGGACGUGGACGUGGAAGAAUUGCAACCAUUAUCUUCGCCCGUGCCAGACAAUGUCGAAGUGCCAGCCGAGGAACCAUCACCUGAGACUAUCGCGGUAGAUACCGUGGAGGCGGAAAUUCAAGAAGAAGCUGAGGUGAUUACUAAUGAGGUCGUGGAGAGUACUAUUGUGAUACCACAGGUCGUGUUGACGGCCGAGAUCACUGAGGCCUCUUUGGAAGACGCUCCUCAGUCUAUUCCCGUUCUGUCAGAUGCUCCGGUUGAGAUAGAGAGACCCAAGUCGCCCUGGACACCAUCGUACUCUGUCAUAAGACAGGGCACCACUCCCCUAGCUAGUCCGGUCGUUGGUGAUGACAAAGAACUCGAAGAGAUCGAGCAGUUACCACCUGCUGUCGAAGUUCAAGAGACUGUGAUAACUGCGGAGCCCGAGACCGUCGACGAGCAGCCUACGGUCAUUGUACAGCCUGCCGAACCAUCCGUCGAGGAGAUCGUGGAGGUGGUUGAAGAGAGGCCUGAGCGUCCUUGGACACCCUCGUAUUCAGUGACUACCCAAGGUCCUGGAACGCCCAACGGGAAGACGCAUGAGAUUGAGGACACCGACGAUGUUUUAGACAAUGGCCCGCAAGUCUUUCCAUCAAGCGAGGGUUCUGCACCCGAUACCAGGAGCAUUGCUACUAAGCCGAGCUUGGCUAGGUUGGCCACGGUGGACGAGCACGAGCAGAUCAAGAUUGACCUCGACGGUCAGUCUCUUGACACUUUGACUUCUCCCGUCACCGCGCGCGCACGACUCGAAUCAACGACCUCUUCGCGGUUCUUCCCAGGUGGCUGGUUCUCUAGCGCACCCAAAUCCGCAGAAGAAAACCGGAUGUCCCUCGAGAAUGCCGCGGGCGAGUUCUCGAGCCCGACGGGUAUGAAAGACUCACCCGCACUGGAAGUGCCGACAAACACCCCCAUCGACGGCGUUAUCGACGAGAAGAAGAGAGGAAAGUGGUGCAUCAUUAUGUGAUACAGUGUUCCGGUGCAUUAUUUUGUGAUACAGUGUAUUCGUGCUUCAAGUUAUUUCUAACGACUUUACGACCUGACGAUGUUCUUAUUUUCAUACACACUACUCCUUCGCUUUUUUGCAUAUACCUUCUGUGAGAUCUCAUCUUCGCGGUUCUAGGAUGCUAUGCGCAGCUUUCGUCAUUCAGCUGUAUAUUCCUGUUGAUAUAAUCCAUCGUCCCCAAAA